GAAGGAGGAGGAACGGCACAGUCAGGAAACGAAGAAGAAGAAGAAGCGGCAGCGCAGCCCUCAGAAACACUUGUGGUUAUGUGUACAUCUGUCUUUAUUUGAAAAUGUGAGGGUUUUUUUCUUGUUUUAUGCCACGAGGUUAUCAGCUUUCAUUCGUUGUAGCGAUAUGGCCAGUGCCAGUACUUUAACGUUAUAAGAUCAUGAUGAACUUCUGUCGUGGUGUCUACAGCUUAAAGUAAGCUCUGUGGUGAUGUUGCUAACAUGCUAACUUUAAGAAACUGUUUAUAUAUGUAUGCGAUGUUGGUAUGGUUUUCCAGUUUUUGUUCAAAUUAUCUUUUUUCAGAAGGAACAUCUUAAGUUAACAUUCAUCUAAUAUUAAUGCUUUUAAGCUUUUUCAUUCAUCAUUUUUAAGACAAAAAUAAAUGGAUGUAUGAUGAAAUAUCGCACAAUGAUAAGUAUAAAGCUGUAAACAGUAAAAAGAGAAUAUUCUCUCAAAUAGAUGUUCGUACUUUUGACAUGCUAAGUGUAUUGAAGUGUUAAAACUUCCAAUUUUACCCAGAGGAAGUCCAGUGAUUAAAUACAUUUUGCACCCCAUGCUGGUUUUGAAGAAAUUAAGUUGAAUAUGACCACAUUAUCAACUAACCUCUGCAAGACUGUCUUUGUUUUAUCAGCUAAAAGCUGCUCAUGAUGGCCACAGAGCCUGCCAGCCUCGAAAGCCUGCAAGUGCUACACCACAGCAGUGACUACAUAGUAGUGGACAAACACUGGGACAUCCGGAUAGACAGCAAGAUGUGGUAUGAGAAACUUACUGUGCAGGAGCAGCUACGCCAUAGUUUCCCUGAGCUGGCAGACCCCAGCACCUACUUCGGCUUCAGGUCAGACUCAUAGCAGUCAUUUAAUUAGAUUUACUCACUUUCAGCCUGCUUAAAAUGAUAAAUUGAUUACAUCUGAGUGUAUACAGAGCUGUAAAAGAAAUCCCCCAUAAAAAAAUAGCCUCAUAUUUUUUCUUUUCCUACAACAGUGCUGAAGCUCUUGUGUUUUCAAAGCACUUUCUGAACUUCUGUUUUCAAAAGCGCAAUACAACUUAAGUUAUUAUUAUUGUUAUUAUAAUUAUUAUCUUUAUUGUUGUUAUCAGUCAUAUGUCGUUGUUAUUAUUAUUUUUAUUAUCAUUAUUAUAACAGGUUCUGUCAUCAGUUGGAUUUCUCUACAAGCGGGGCUCUUUGUGUUGCUCUGAAUAAGGCUGCUGCUGGCCAGGCAUACCACUGCUUUAAGGACCGUACUGUCACAAAAGCCUACCUUUCCCUGGUAUGGAACACAAACACACUGUCAGAUAAGAGAACUACUACACUUGGUGCAACCAUCUCACAGUGAGUUUAAUAUUUUUUCUGAUAUGUGUCUAGGACAGAAACUUAAAUCCAGUUUUUACCCUUUUCGCAGGUACGUGGCUGGGUCAAAGAAGAAACACAAACUUUGGACUUCUCCAUAGGCAAGAAUUCCUCAGAGGGAAAAACACACAUGAUGUGUAUUGAGGGAACAGAAGGUACCCGAGAUCAGGUUACGUUUUUCCCAAAGCUAAAAACCAAGACAAUUGUAUGAUUGAUAUUGAUUUUAAGUUAGUUUUGGAUGCCUGGUGAUGCUGUCUUGAAUUUUGCAACCACCACUGGUCUUCUUAUUUUUUAUACCUGCUGUCCUGUCUGUAGUUUGAUGUUCUUGAACACAAUGUAGAAUUUAUAACAUCUUUUUUUUUUUCAUGUUAGGCUGUGAGAACCCAAAGCCUUCCCAAACUGAGCUGACAGUGUUAGAGUAUGGGUUAUAUGAUGGGGACCCUGUAACCAAGGUGCUACUACAGCCACUCACAGGUAACAACAGGCAUGUGUUUUUGUUUAUCAGAUGGAAGUGGAAAAUUCAGUCUCUUUACUUUAUAAGGAAACAUAUUUUAACUGGAUGAUAGUAAAAGAUGCUGAAACAUACAUUUUCAAGUGAAGAUGUGUAAGUGAAAGAAUAAUUUCUAAUAGUGUUUAUAGGUUUAUUAAAACAUUCUGAACAGGGCCAUCUUCCUGAAUUACGUUUUCCUCAUUAAAGAUUUUUUUUUUAUUUGAUCUGUUCACUAAGAUGCUUUUUAUUCUAAAUGAAUAUUGAACUUGUUUCUUUCAAGAUUGAUCAUCUGCACUUUUCCUUUCAGGUCGAACCCACCAGUUACGGGUCCACUGCAGCGCCAUUGGCCACCCCAUCGUUGGGGACUUCACCUACAGCUCAGGGGCAGAUGUCACCCCCUAUCGCAUGAUGCUGCAUGCUCAUCUCCUCCACAUUCCCCUUGAACCUCAGCCCCUGCUUGUUUUUGCCGGAGACCCCUUUCUCACUACUGUGGAUCCCAAGUGGCUCCCACAGCGCCCAUUCCGGACACUGUCAGGCACUGUAGAGAUGUUGCUGGAGCGAAGAGCGGAGGACAACAGGAAGAAAAAAGAGGAGGAGAGAGAGAUGGUGAGAACAGUGGAGCAGAGGAGGAAAGGAAGCAGGCAACAUAGGACUGAGGAGGAGAGUGAGGAACAAAGAACACUUUGCCGAGAGUGGCUGAGUGAAUGGGCUGGAGACUGAUGGACUUUUUAGUGUUAUUUAUAUUUAAUUAUAGAUUGGAUGUUUUCUUAAGCAUGCUUUAUCUCUGUGACCAUGAAACACCUGAAUUGAGGGUGUCCAACAGGUGAUGGGCAUUUUUUAGCGGAAAGAAACAGAAAAAGAAAGUCCUCAUACAAAUCCUUACUAAUUUUGCAGUGAACAGUUAUUCCACCAUCAGUAUGAACUUUCAAACCAUGUUCAAAAAAUUGAUAUAGAUCGUAAUGUACUGAACAAAUGACUAAAAACUACAACACAUUGUUGCAGUAUUUAACCAACUGUUAAUUUUGCAAACAUGAAUGACGCUGUUAUGUCCACACAACUCCUGUUGCAUGGUGCUACAAAAUAAAUACAGUACAUAAUAAAUA